AUGUCUGUUUUUAGAACUUUGGGCACUCUACGGCGGAGACACGUCUACAAUCUAUUUUGUCAAGUGAGAUUUUAUCCCUUCAAGGGAAGAAAGUAUCCUGUUGAUCCUGCUCAUGAGGAUACCUUACCAGGUCAUUGCAUGUUGCAAGAAUUUCAAUACGUUGCGGACGGGGCGAAAGGAAGCGUAAGACUCUACGGGUGGGGAAACACUGUUUAUGGAGCUCUUGGAGAACCGCUGUUCCUUGAAAGGGAAAGGAAGAGUCCUAAUGCUAAGGCUAUUGAGAUCGUCGAUCAUCCAGCAAGACUGGUCUUUGGUGAACACAAUCAGGUGAAGGAUAUUGCUUGUGGAUAUGGUUUCACGUUAUUUUUGGCCAAGAACAAAGAGGGUACCUUCGUUUAUGGAACUGGUUUGAACUCCGACUCCCAGAUCGGUCACCAGCACCCAACUGGUUACUCGGGUGCCCUGGAAUACAUCUUGUCUCCCAUGAAAAUCCAUCUGCCACUUUCAAAACCAAAAACUACGAAGAUUCUCGGGAUUUCUGCAGGUCGGGCGCAUACAUUGAUUGCUACCGACGCCGAAGGAGUUUACAGUCUUGGGCACAACGGAUAUGGCCAAUGCGGAAGACCGAUUGUUAGCGAUGAAGAUUAUUUCAACUCUGGUUACAUUCACAAAAUGGUCCCGGCUUCCGAAAAUGUGGAAGCUGUAUUCUGUGGUCAAGAUACGAGUUUCCUCUUGAAGAGCUCUGGAGAGGUUCUCAGUUGUGGCUGGGCAGCUGAUGGGCAAACCGGACGUUCAGGCCUUGCGAACCAGCCAGACAUUCAAUUGGUUGAAGGAGAGAUCAAGGGAAGAAAAAUCGUGAAGAUUUCUUGCGCUGGGGACUGUGUACUGGCAUUGGAUGAUCAAGGACUGAUGUUUGGCUGGGGCAAUUCAGAGUACUCCCAGUUCAGUGUUGCAACAGACGAUCAGCAGCUCAACACACCGACGUACCUAGAAGUUGGUAGGAAAGUGAAGGACGUAGCAUCUGCUGGAAGCGCCUGUUUAAUGCUGGAUUCGGAAGGCUCCGUUUGGUCCUGGGGUUACGGGUUUUUGGGUGACGGAUCUGGGAUGCCUACAAUGCGCCCAAUUCCUGAGAAAAUCCCGGAUCCCUUGUUCGGAAAAAACACGUACCGGCCUGACGUUAAAAGCGUAGCAGUUGUGGCUGGCUUACAUCACUUUGGGGUAUUGACGAAUGCUGGAGAUUUGUAUUCUUGGGGCUUGAACCGACGUGGAUGCUUGGGUACUGGAGUCAAGGACAGGGACCAGUAUUUUCCGAUGAGGGUGAGUGUGCCUUUUCCGGUGAAGAAAGCGGUGAUGGGAGUUGACCACACCAUGGUCAUUUGCAAGGACUUCCUCUGA